AUGAGUUCCAGUGAUCGAAUUCCUUCCAAUUUACCGAUUCUUGAUUCAAAGAAUUAUGAUAAGUGGUCUAAACAAAUGAAGGUCUUGUUUGGAUACCAAGAAGUUCUUGAUAUCGUCAACAAUGGUGUCACACCACUUGGGGCUGAACCUACAGCUGCACAUCAAGCCACUUUCAGGGAAGAGAAGAAGAAAGAUUACAAAGCUCUCUUCUUGAUACACUCUUGCGUCGAUGGUGAUAAUUUCGAAAAGGUCGGUGACUGCGAGUCCGCGAAGCAAGCUUGGUUAAUUCUUGAGAAAGCAUAUGUUGGGGCUGCGAAGGCGAAGGUUAUGAGGUUACAAACUCACAAGAGAUUCGACAACAUUGUAGUUGCUAUUGAAGAGUCGAAGGACCUUACGUCGUUGAGCAAGGAUGAGCUUCAAAGCUCCCUAGAAGCACAUGAACAAAGAAUGGACGAGAGAGGAAGCGAUAAGGCAAAGGCGGAGAUAGCUUUGCAAGCUCGUUUAAAUGAAAGGAGUAAAGGUUCGAAAGGGAAAUGGCCUUCGAAAGGGAAGCAAGACGAUGGUGAAUCUAAACAUUCGAAGGGACAAAAGAGUGAGAGCAGCAACUCAAACGGUUAUGGUGAUCGGAGCAACGCGAGAGGUGGAAAACCAAGAGACAUGAGCAAAAUACAAUGCUGGAAAUGUAAGAAACUUGGGCAUUUUCAAGCAAAGUGUGGUGCUAAACAGCUUGAAUCUAAAGGGGAUGAAGUCAAGGUUGCGAGGCAAGAGGUGGAUGAUGAAGCCACACUCUUAAUGAUGAUUACCGAUGAGUGUGACGACAUGACAGAGGUGCUGGACAGCAGCUGCAAGUCACGGGACAGCAGCUGCAGCAGUGCAGAAAAUGCGACAGUUUUGAGUUCGGAACAAAAUGUGAUGAUUUCGGUUCGAGAUUGA